CCGCUUGCCUUGCCUAGACGCACACGCACGCUCCUCCUCCUUCAUUCUGUUUUCUUCACUUGCUUCUUUCUUUCUUUCUUUCUUGUGCCGACACAAAACAGAGAGAGAGAGAGUGAGCACCAAAAUAAUCAUUCAUCAUCAGCAUCCAUCCAUCCAUUCUGAGUGCACACUGUCUGAAAUCUAGUCGUAGCUCACCUCACUUUACCUAAUUUCUCUUUAGCUUACCCUCAAUGCAUAGCGUAGCGUAGCGUAGGCAGGGGAAAGAAAGGAGUGUGUCUGUAAAUAAUAAAGCAGCAGCAGCAGCAAAAGAAGAGGAUUGGAUUCAUCUUCCUCUCCCUCCCUGAUUCCAUCCCUAUCCUUUCAUUUGCUCCCUCUGAUUCCAUUCCAUGACGCACUGACUGGAUUGGAUGCUGCCUGCCGGAUCUAUCCCCACCUCAGAGCACAGCUCACCGGACAAGAGGAAUCCCUCCUUCCUCAGCUCCGAUUUGCAACCUACCUUCCUUCCUUCCGGCGAGCCGCCAUGCCUCCAGUCCAGCCUGUCCAAUCCCCCCGACCUAGAUAGAUAGACAGACACAAGGAGAGCUCUGCUCUACGCAACCCAUGGCGGCCAAGGCGCCGGCCCCUUCCGCGCGCUCCCGGGCCCUCGCCUCCGCCUCCGCGCCCGCGCCGGCCUCCUCCAGGCGCCCCAAUGCCACUCCCGCAGCAGACACCGCCGCGCCAUCCACCUCCGCCACCACCUCCCCACCGCCAUCCUCCCCGCCGUCCGCCCCGCCUCCAAAGCUCGCCGCCUCCCCACCGCCCGCCUCGCCGCCACCGACGCCGCCCGCCGCACUCCCCCCACCAAAGCCCGCGCCUUCCACUUCCACGCCGCCUCCAACCACCACAAGCCCACCUGCUCCGCCCCCCAAGCGCUCCCCCGCCGCAGCACCGCCGCCGACGGCUCCUGCGCCAAGACCCACGCCGCCCGCUCCAGCUCCAAGAACCGCGCCGACCUCCCAGUCCCCGGCGGCCUCGCCCCCCGCCCACGCCGCGCCGCACGCCAAGCCAUCGCCGCCUCCCGCGGCCGGCCACCACCCGCAGCUGCCGACGCCGGCCACCGCCGUCGACCCGGCCAACCAGCACGGCAGGAGCCCCAACAAGUCCUCCACGCAGUCCGCCGGCGAGCGGGGCCGCAAGGCCUCCCCCUCGCCGGGCAGCAGCAACGGGGGGGCCAGCAACGGCGUCGUCAUCGCCGUCGGCGCCGUGCUCGCCUUCCUCGUGGUCACCCUCAUAGCCGCCGCCGUUCUCUACACCAAGAAGCGCCGGAGGGGGCGGGACGACUACCGCGCCGGCUUCCGGUCGCCGCCUUACUCUUCAGAGCUACCACCGUCAGUUCCUUCGGGCGGCGGCUCGGCGAACGCGGCAAUGUCGUCGUCGGCCGACCCCUCCGUCCACACCAACUACAGCGCCGGCAGCCCGAGGCUGAAAGCGUGCGUGUCCGACAUGAGCGUCGGCAACUCGCGCUUCUUCACUUACCAGGAAAUGUACCAGAUCACCGACGGUUUCUCGCCGCGCAAUUUGCUCGGCGAGGGAGGGUUCGGGUCUGUGUACAAGGGCCGGCUGCCCGAAGGGAAAGACGUGGCUGUCAAGCAGCUGAGGGACGGCAGCGGGCAAGGCGAACGCGAGUUCCAGGCUGAGGUGGAGAUCAUUAGCCGCGUGCAUCACCGGCAUUUGGUGUCUCUCGUGGGGUACUGCAUUGCCAAUAGCCAGAGGCUGCUCGUCUACGAUUUCGUGUCCAAUGACACCCUGCAUUAUCACCUUCACGGACAGGGAAGGCCUGUUUUAGAGUGGUCGGCUAGGGUUAAAAUCGCCGCCGGCGCUGCUCGUGGAAUAGCAUACCUACACGAAGAUUGCCAUCCAAGGAUAAUCCACCGAGACAUAAAAUCCUCAAACAUUUUAUUGGAUAAUAACUUUGACGCACUGGUGGCUGAUUUUGGUCUUGCAAGAUUGGCUCUGGAUGCUGUAACACAUGUAACUACCCGUGUUAUGGGGACAUUUGGAUACAUGGCUCCAGAGUAUGCAUCGAGUGGCAAACUGACUGAGAAAUCUGAUGUGUUCUCUUUUGGUGUUGUACUCUUAGAGCUUAUGACUGGUCGAAAGCCUGUUGAUUCAUCCAGACCAUUGGGUGAUGAGAGCCUUGUUGAGUGGGCUAGACCAUUGCUUAGUCGAGCUCUUGAGACAGGAAAGCUGGAAGGGUUAGUCGACCCCAGGCUUGAGAAGAAUUUCAAUGAGGUAGAAAUGUUCCGUAUGAUUGAAUCUGCAGCAGCCUGCAUUCGACACUCGUCAUCAAAGAGGCCCAGAAUGAGCCAGGUGGUGCGGGUCCUCGAUAGCUUAGCGGAUAUUGACCUAACGAACGGUGUCCAGCCAGGGCAAAGCGAGCUCUUCAACGUGGCAAACACGGCGGAUAUCAGGAUGUUCCAGCAGAUGGUGCAGGGCAAUCAGGAUGACAGUUCUGCCUUCAGCCAAUAUAGUUGGAUCAGUCGCAGUAGGGCCGACGCCGAGGCAACCUCCUCAAACUCCAGGAUCUUGUGAUCGUCUUUGUUUCUGUGCUCCAUGUGUGCGUAGCUAUUCUUCUCGACCCACUGAUUCGGCCGGGCUGUAUCGACCAUCGAAAAAGUCUGGUGUAAUUCUUGCCUUGUUACGAUGAUUGCUCCUGUGUAGAUCACAUGAGGAAGAUGUACUCUUGUUUGACAAAUUAUUAAGCUAGCUGUUGUUGUGGUUGUUGACUAACUUGUUAGGCUGCCUGCUCUUGUUGCUGUUGCCUAACCGAAAGAACACAAUGUUUGAACUUGUGUAGUCUUUUUAUUUAUUAAUAGUCUUUCUUUUUG